AUGUCCGACAACGGGGAAGUUGAGGUCGCUGCCUACCCCUCCCUGCCCAAGGAGAUCGCUGCCCUUGAGGGCGAGAUCAAGCUCUUCGGAAAAUGGAGCUACGAUGUUGAGGUCCGCGAUAUCUCCCUGACCGACUACAUCCAGAUCCGCGCUCCGGUCUACACCUCCCACACUGCCGGUCGCUAUGCCGCCAAGCGUUUCCGCAAGGCUCAGUGCCCCAUCGUUGAGCGUCUCACCAACUCUCUGAUGAUGAACGGCCGCAACAGCGGUAAGAAGGUUAUGGCUGUCCGCAUUGUCGCCCACGCCUUCGAGAUCGUUGCUGUCAUGACCGACCAGAACCCCCUCCAGGUUCUGUGCGACGCCGUUGUCAACUCCGGUGCCCGUGAGGACUCCACCCGUAUCGGUUCCCAGGGUACCGUCCGUCGCCAGGCCGUCGAUGUCUCCCCUCUGCGCCGUGUCAACCAGGCCGUUGCCCUGCUCACCAUUGGUGCUCGUGAGGCUUCUUUCCGUAACAUCAAGUCGAUCUCCGAGUGCCUCGCUGAGGAGCUGAUCAACGCCGCCAAGGGUUCCUCCAACUCCUACGCCAUUAAGAAGAAGGACGAGCUCGAGCGUGUUGCCAAGUCCAACCGGUAA